AGCGAGGCUCCGGCUCCCCGCACGCACCGGAGCGCCCGGCUCCCUCCUCCUGCUCCUCGUCCCUCCUCCCUUCCACUCCUCCCCCCCUUCCCUCCGCGGGUCGCCGCGGCUCCGGGAGGAGCGGGGGGGGCCCUGCUUCCUUCCCUCCCCCCCUCCUUCUCCCACCCUCCACGCCGAGAAGAAGCAGGGAGGCCAGGAAAUUUGAGAAAAGGAGCCUCUUCUGUCUGUCAAGAGCCUGACAAAAUAUGGGAAUUAUACUAGAUGUGUGGAAAGGAUGCUAUUAACAAAAUUCUAGUUUAAAGGAGAGAAAAAUUCUUACAGAAGCAACUAUGGGGUGCAUUAAAAGCAAAGAAGAUAAAGGUCCAGCCAUGAAAUACAGAACUGAUAAUACUCCAGAACCCGUUAUUUCCCACGUCAGCCAUUAUGGAUCAGACUCCAGCCAAGCAACACAGUCGCCGUCAAUAAAGGGAUCAGCAGUUAAUUUUAAUAGUCAUUCCAUGACUCCUUUUGGAGGGCCCUCAGGAAUGACACCCUUUGGAGGAGCAUCAUCUUCAUUUUCAGCUGUGCCAAGUCCAUAUCCUAGUACAUUAACAGGUGGUGUUACUGUAUUUGUGGCCUUAUAUGAUUAUGAAGCUAGAACUACAGAUGACCUUUCAUUUAAGAAAGGCGAACGGUUCCAGAUAAUAAAUAACACGGAAGGAGACUGGUGGGAAGCGAGAUCCAUUGCUACGGGAAAAACGGGCUACAUCCCAAGCAAUUAUGUAGCUCCUGCAGACUCCAUUCAAGCAGAAGAGUGGUAUUUUGGUAAGAUGGGCAGGAAGGAUGCAGAAAGGCUACUUUUAAAUCCUGGGAACCAGCGUGGUAUUUUUCUAGUAAGAGAGAGUGAAACCACUAAAGGUGCUUAUUCCCUUUCCAUACGUGACUGGGAUGAGGUCAGAGGUGAUAAUGUGAAACACUACAAAAUCAGAAAACUUGACAAUGGUGGAUACUAUAUCACAACCAGAGCACAAUUUGAAUCUCUACAGAAGCUGGUGAAACACUACAGAGAACAUGCCGAUGGGCUGUGUCAUAAGCUAACAACUGUGUGCCCCACUGUGAAACCACAAACACAGGGACUAGCAAAAGAUGCCUGGGAAAUUCCUAGAGAGUCUUUGAGGCUGGAAGUUAAGUUGGGACAAGGAUGUUUUGGUGAAGUAUGGAUGGGAACAUGGAAUGGAACCACAAAAGUGGCGAUCAAGACACUAAAACCUGGUACAAUGAUGCCAGAAGCUUUCCUGCAGGAGGCUCAGAUCAUGAAGAAAUUACGACAUGACAAGCUUGUUCCCCUAUAUGCUGUUGUUUCUGAAGAACCAAUCUAUAUUGUCACUGAAUUCAUGACAAAAGGCAGCUUGCUAGACUUCCUUAAAGAAGGAGAAGGGAAAUACUUAAAGCUCCCACAGCUGGUCGACAUGGCUGCUCAGAUUGCUGAUGGCAUGGCUUACAUUGAAAGAAUGAACUACAUCCACAGGGAUCUCCGGGCAGCUAACAUUCUUGUAGGAGACAAUCUUGUGUGUAAAAUAGCAGAUUUUGGGUUGGCAAGGUUAAUAGAGGACAAUGAGUACACUGCAAGACAAGGAGCUAAAUUUCCAAUUAAAUGGACCGCUCCAGAAGCAGCAUUGUAUGGUCGGUUUACAAUCAAGUCUGAUGUAUGGUCAUUUGGAAUUUUACUGACAGAGCUGGUAACAAAGGGGAGAGUGCCAUAUCCGGGGAUGGUGAAUCGGGAAGUUCUGGAACAAGUGGAACGUGGAUACAGGAUGCCUUGCCCACAGGGCUGCCCGGAGUCUCUCCAUGAGUUAAUGAAACUGUGCUGGAAGAAGGACCCUGAUGAGAGACCAACAUUCGAAUAUAUACAGUCUUUCUUGGAGGACUACUUUACUGCUACAGAACCACAGUACCAGCCUGGAGACAAUUUAUAAGCCAGCAGUCUGUAUAACAUGCACAAAUCUGCCAAAUGUAAAAGACUUGCAAAGAAUUCCUGAUGUCUAUAAGGAAUCAAAGGAAAGAAAAUCUUCGCUACUUUGCAUGCUCUUAAUGGCAAACUGGAAUUUCAUAAUGCAGUUGCACAAAACCACUUUUAAAGUGUUAUACUCUAAUUUACCAAUGACAUGUUUUUAUUUUUUUUGCUCUUUCCCAGCUUAUUUUCAGGGUCCAAAGGAAGCUUACUGAAAAUAUGGGGUAGAAAAAUGAGAGUUGGUGUGAACAAUAGCAGGAAAAACAAGUUUUCAAAUCCUUUAUUUUCCCAAUAUUUGAAAAUCACUCUACUGCAGAGGGAUUUGUCUGGAAUUAAAGUGAUCUUGGGGUAGUACAUUUUUAGAGCAGAAGAACUUUGUGGGACCAAGCAAUUCUAUUCCACUUUUGUAAGACUCCCUGUGUUCAAAAUCAUGUGUGUGUGCCCCCUCACCCCUCCAGAAAAAAAGAUGGUACAACUCUAUUUGAUAUACAGUCUUGAUCUUUAAGCUUCCUCUUGCAUGGACUUAAUUAGGGUAGGCAGGUUAAAAGAGGAAUUGGAACAGCAAAUGACAAACUUGAUCUAAAUGUUAGACCUCAAUAGUGAAAUUAGAGAGAAUAAUGCACUGUGUUAAUACUUGUAUUAAUAUAACUGGAAAGUAGCAUGAGAGAUUUUUCUUUUUUUCUUUCUACAUAGCUAAUUAAGAAUAAUGAAGGUAACUAGAAAAUGAGGUAAUGUUUUAUAAAAUUGUAUUGAUAAAGUAUGAUGAUAUUUGAACUUGAAGCUAUGUAAUACAAUCAGGGGAGGAAAGCCUUUAAUCUUUUAAGCUCCAAUCCAACAGCAAGCUUUUCUAUGGGAAGACUAUACCUGAACAAAGCUCACCAGGAAAGCAAGACUGAAGCUGGUAAAUGGCCACUUCUUAGUCCUUUUUCAGAGACAGGUUUGGUACUGUUGUAUGUGGCUUCUGUGUGCUAACAAAGGUGGGUGCCACAAAUGCUGUCACUAGUUCAGGGAUUUGAUUGCACUUUUGCUUUUCUUGACUAUUAAGACACACUUACACACAAUUGCUCUUCCCAUUUUUGCCCUUCCUACAGAAUUAUUUAACUAAAAAUAGACGAAAGAAAAUGUGGAAGUUUAAAACCUAAAGGGAUAAAGUAUAUUUAAUAUUGUCCGAAUAUAGUGACGUUGAAAUUUGCUGGCAUUCUGCCCAGCUGACACUACAUCUAGAUUAUUUUCUUUGGCUACUGACAUAUCAAGCAAUAACAUGUCAUUUACUCAACAAUUUGCAUGAGGUUCUUGAAUUUCUGAUCAAGCUUAUGGACUUCGAUUUUGAAACACUAAACUCUUACUUAGCUACCAGGUUGGAAUUCAUAUUGUCAUUAUAAAGCUAUCCAACGAAUGAAUUUCAGGAAAGCUGGUAAUAUAGUUCUGGUACUAAACAUUCUUCAUGGGUUUAGUUUACACUACAUUGAAUCCAACUACCAAACAGAUCUUUGUAAGAACAAUGCCAUUAUUUUUCAUUUUGUCUCAUCAUCACUCAUCACCUAUACAUCUGUGGUUAUCAAAUUUUAUAAGGGCUUUAUGUAAGAAAAACAAAACAACCAAAAAAAAAAAAGGAAAAACACCCCACCCACACAAAUAAUCGAAAAACCCGCAAAUACAAUGGAAUUUUAAUUUUUCUAAAUAUUUUAAAAUGAAUAACACAAUCAUAUGAGUUUAUGUAUUAAUACAGUUAUAACAAUAAAUGCCAAGAAUGACACUGGCAUUGUUUGGAUUUUUAAUUACUGAAUGGAACAGUUCAUUGUAAUAACACUUGUAUAGUAAAGGAAUAAAACACUAACUUAAUGAACGUGUUCUUUGUAAAUGGUUGUGUAUUAUAAGACUUCUCCAAAGGAGUUUGUAUGUUUAUGAAAAUGUUUGUUUCACCUGAAGACCUUGACGCGAUUCUUACCCUAACAGAGUUUAAAAUUCACAUUCACACUUUUUAUAUAAAUAGUAAUAAGUUUAAUUAUGUAACUAAGUAUUUUUAUAAAGUAUGGCAUUAUUGAAUUGUUUUGCAGAAUUGGUUCAAAAUAAAUUUCUCCUUGAUUGCA